AUUCAAAAGCCAUUUAAGAAAUCACAUUUUGACGCAUUUGCGAGUGGAGGAUCGCAAGUAUCAGUGCGAUAUAUGCCAGAAGAAGUUUACACGGAACGGUCAUCUCACUGUGCACAAGCGUAUUCAUAGUGGAGUACGGCCUUACAAAUGCGAUGUAUGCUCGUUCAGUUUCCGUCACUCGAACUCCAUGAAACUUCAUCGAAUGUCUAAGCACUUUAAGAAUGAAAGCAAACAUGCAAAAAAUACACUACCCAAGAAUAUACUGUGUAACAGAGAAAACUUCGUGUGCGAUUAUUGUGGAAAAUGCUUCAG